CAGACUCGGGGGGCGGGGUGGUUUUGCCAUAGAACUGUACAGUUCUGUGGCACAGAGCGUUUUUCAGCUGUGCUGAAUAGGUUUGCUGAAGCUAACUUUCACUUACCAAUAAUGUCUCUAAGAAGGGCCCUUCACUUCGUUUUCAAAGUGGGCGAUAGAUCCAAGACCGCCACCUUCUAUCGUGAUGUUCUCGGCAUGCGAAUAUUACGUCAUGAGGAAUUUGAAGAGGGCUGCAAAGCUACCUGCAAUGGUCCAUAUGAUGGGAAAUGGAGCAAGACCAUGGUGGGUUUCGGGGCAGAGGAUGAUCAUUUUGUCGCAGAAUUGACAUACAACUAUGGUGUAGGGGAGUAUCGUCUAGGCAACGAUUUUCUGGGCCUGACCCUGCAGUCCAGCCAGGCAGUGAGCAAUGCUAGGAGGCUGGGAUGGCCCCUCUCUGAGGCUGGAGAGGGCAUCUACCUGGCUGAGGCCCCUGGGGGCUACCACUUCUACCUAGUGGACAAAGAUCAGCCCACUCAAGAUCCCGUGCAGAAGGUGUCCUUGGCCGUCUCAGACUUGCAGCGCUCUCAACACUACUGGUCCUCAUUGCUCGGCAUGCAAGUACUGGAGAAAAAUCCGGAGAAGAGAACUGUGCUCUUAGGAUUCGCCAAUAAUCAGUGUAAGCUGGAACUUCAGGACAUCGGUGGGCCAGUGGAUCACGGCACAGCGUUUGGGCGCAUAGCAUUCUCCUGCCCUCGUCAACAGUUGCCUGAUAUUGAGGCCCUCAUGAAGAAGGAAAAUCAGAAGAUUCUCACACCCCUGGUCAGCCUGGAUACUCCUGGCAAGGCCACUGUCGAAGUGGUUAUACUAGCUGAUCCAGAUGACCAUGAGAUCUGCUUUGUGGGCGAUGAAGCAUUCAGGCAGCUCUCUAUGGUGGACCCCAGUGGAGAGGCACUGCUGGAUAAGGCCAUGGCAGCAGACAAAAGUGAUGAGUGGUUUGCCAAACACAAUAAGCAGAAGGCCAAGGCGUGAUCACAUGGCGCAGUGCGGAAGAUCGACCAUGCUUUCCUGAGUCUGCAGACCAUCUCCACAUCAUAGCCCCGUUGUAAACUCUGCUAUUCAUUCCAGAGCACUCAGUGCUCACAGCACUUGUGAAGAAAAAUCAGAGUAGGUGCUCCACUUUUAACCCUUUUACAAAAUACCCCCUCACCCCACUUUCCAACUCUUAAUAUAGAUGGAAAGUAGAAUGUUCAGAUGUGAAAUAUGUUUUAUGGUAUAAUAUUGUUUGUGAUGGGAGUUGAACUGCUGAUAGUGUCCAUUUACUUCAGAAAUCCUUUAUAAUGCAAAGAAAUUUGGCACAGAAAUGGAUUGUGGGAGAUUCAUUUAAUUGCAUUGCUUAUGUUAUUGAGUGAUGCCAUCCAUAAACUGAAUUUAUUAAACCCUAGUUAAGUAAAAACCUGAGUAAAGAUAGAAAUGUUUGUCACAGGUUGUUUUGACCAGCUUAUUUAUUACAGUAAAAAUAUGCCAUUAAUGUUGGUGGGAUAGUGCCAAUUCCCAGCAUGCAGAGGACCAUUGCUGAGCCCUUUAAUGUCAAGUUUUCUGGGGUGUUUCAGUGGUGCCUAGCUCUCUGGAGUAGCUGGAUAAAUAUGUUAUAAUGACCUUGACUGUAAGAAUUGCACAUUUUCCAUUUAAGAGAGGGCUCAUACACUUAGGUCCUGAUUUGUGGACAUAUCAUGACAUUGAUAUAAUUUUGUUACAAAUGUCCACAGCCACAAGCCUGGCCAAACUGACCUGAUGAAGAAUCAAUGGCAUCAAAAUGUUGUCAACAAUAAAGUUUAUUUUGGGAGCAUU